AGAGCUGUCAUCAGAGCUUGCUGAUGAGAGGAACACCGGGGAGUCCGCUUCCCAGAUGCUGGAGAGUGAAACUUCUGAGAGACUCCGCCUGGAGAAGGGCAUGAGCGACCUGCAGGCCAAGUUUGACAGCACGAACAAACAGAUGGAGUCCAUGGAGAUGGAGGUGAUGGAGGCUCGACUCAUCAGGGCAUCUGAACUCAACGGCGAGAUGGACGAUGACGACACAGGAGGAGAGUGGAGGCUGAAGUACGAGCGAGCCAUCAGGGAGAUUGAAUUCACCAAGAAGAGGCUGCAGCAGGAGUUUGAGGACAAGCUGGAGGUGGAGCAGCAGAACAAACGGCAGCUGGAGAGGAGGAUCAGCGACCUGCAGGCCGACAGCGAGGAGUCCCAGAGGAACAUCCAGCAGCUGAAGAAGAAAACCCAACGGAUGACGUCUGAACUGCAGGACACCAAACUCCACCUGGAGGGCCAACAGAGCCGCAACCACGACCUGGAGAAGAAGCAGAGGAAGUGGAGGGAGCUUACAGUAGAUCCCGGAGAACAGAGUGCUGCGGUGCUGCAGGCGCGGGCUGAUCUGAGCGUGCUCUGA